CUCCCUUACUCUCUCAAUGCGAAAUAAUAGACUGCAGCCUUGUGCUCAACUCAACUCUGCUCUUUCCCGCUCGUACUCCAAUCUCACUAAUCACGUUAUGUUGGCGGUUUAGCUAAGGGUGCGAAAGGAGGCACCAGAGUUCAAAGUUGUUACUGUGUUAAUUUGUUUCUGUGUUGGUAGAUUUGGUAGAUUUGUGUGUCCCAUUUGCAUUUGAAAAGAACGGGGGAGUUGUCAUUGGAUUAAGUUGUAUUUGUCGCUAUGGGAGACGUGAUUUCGAGCCACCUGGAUGAGGGCAAACGGGAGAUCAUUACAGCCAGGACAGGCGAGGUGAUUGGAGAGUUUAGCCGUCUGUAUGAGCAACAGUAUGCAGUGGCCCUUUUCAACAAGGUCCGCUUUGACAUCGAGGGAGGAGGUGGGCCCCAGCCACAGCUACUGCACCGCAAGGUUCCUCUGGAGAAUAGAUCCAUCUUCUCUGGAGCUCUGUUCCAGUUUCUGGAGGAGAACAAUAAAUGGAGAAACCACUUCAUCUUCGUUCCUGACUCCUACACUAUCAACUACUAUGACAACAAAGCGUCUCACGAGAGAGGUCUUCACCCCAAGGGAAACAUCAACUGUGCUGGGUACAAAGUGCUGACUUCAAUGGAUCAGUACCUGGAGCUGCUCAACAACAGCCUGCCUGGUGUAAAGGCUAAAGUGGGUAACGCUCCCUUCCUGAAGUGUGCCACCCAGUUCCCCCUGAUCCUGUGGCACCCGUACGCCCGCCACUACUACUUCUGUGUGGUGACGGAGAAAGAACAGAAGAAGUGGCAUGCAGUCUUUCAGGACUGUGUAAGACAUGCCAAUGAUGGUUUAUCAGAGGAGAGCCAGGUGCAGACUCCGGCCUUCACAGAUGCAGUGAGGCUCUACCGCCAAGCCCACGGGCAGUAUGGCACCUGGGAGAUGAUGUGUGGGAUCCCCUCACAGAUUCUGGCCAACCUGGUGAUGGAGACUCUUCUCCCUGAGCUCAGGGAUCUGAUCUCCCCUCGACUCAAAGGCAAAAUGCACGACAGGCAGAGGAACUGGAUGCUAGUGUGUGACGCGGUGUAUGGUCUGGUGGUGAGGCAGGCCCAGGCCCAGUAUGAGGCUGUGGUGCAGAGCUGUGAGGCCCGACGCCCUCCUCUAGAGGCCUCCAUACGCACAGACAUGGACCAGAUCAUCACCUCCAAGGAGCACGUCGCCAACAAAAUCAAAGCGGUGGUGCUGCCUAAGGCAGAGAAGCUGCUGACGGUUAGCAUCCAGCCCUACAUCAGCUCUAUCCUGGAGGCCCUGAUGGAGCCCACCAGCCGAGGCUUCUCUCAGGUCAGAGACGUCUUCUUCAGAGAGCUGGUGGACUUGAGCAAGAACACACUGAAUGACGCUACCAAGGAGAAAGUGGGAGAGCACAUGGACAAGAUCUCUAUGCUGGCGUUCCACCCGGUGAAGAUGCAGAGCUGCUAUGAGAAAGUAGAGGACCUGAGUCUGGAUGGCCUGCAGCAGAGGUUCGAUGUCUCCAGCCCCUCUGUGUUUGUCCAGAGAGCACAGAUUCUCAUGAGAGAGCAAAUGGACGAUGCGGUAUACACGUUUGAGCAGAUCCUCCACCAAAGUCUGGAGGACCAGGGGCCAGAGGGGCUCUGUAAGAACAUCCAACGCUGCCAGGACAGGGUCAUCAAGAAAUUUGACUAUGACAGCAGCACAGUCCGGAAGAGGUUCUUCAGAGAGGCUCUUCUUCAGAUCUUCAUCCCUUACAUGCUGAAGCAGCUCACUCCCUCUUUAUCCCCUGAGCUGCCUCGUUUCCAGGAGCUGAUCUUUGAGGACUUUUCUCGUUUCAUCCUGGUGGAGAACAUCUUUGAGGAGGUGGUGUUGCACUCUGUCAUGAAGGACAUCAUGAUGGCUGUCAAGGAGGCAGCAGUCCAGAGAAGACACAACCUUUACAGGGACAGCAUAGUGCUGACUAGCAGUGAUCCCAACCUCCACCUGCUGGGGGAUAACCCUGCCAUCGACUGGGCUGGGGAGUAUGGGACAGGACAGGAAGAGGUGGAGACUGGGGACAGCGCAGGAGGGGCGGCCCAGAGGAGGCGCAGGAUGAAGCAGGUAGUCUCUAUGAUACAGCUGGAUGGCUCUCCCAUCCUGGAGUCCCAUCUGGACAUCCCCAUGGUGGACAGCAUUCCUGAGGAGGGAGUAGACCAGCCUGAGGAGGGAGUGGACCAGGACACCGAUGCCCUCUCAUCUCCAGAGAGUGUCCACCAGGAACCAGCCAAAGUUAAUGGAACCAGUCUGAAAGGAAAGAGAAAGGCCCCUCCUCCUCCAGUCCAGCCAGAGAACAUUCCUUCCCCUGCCCUAACCAAUGGCUCUGUCCUAGGAGGUGAGCCGGCGACAAUCUUGAGUGAGGCCCCAGAGAUAGAGACCAAAAUCUCAGAAGAUUUACCCCAGGAAGCUGAGUGUGCGAUGAAGUCCCCAGAGGCUAAGAGCUUUUUACACGACCCUGAGAGCACAGCGUCAGCCAUCGAGAGUGCCAUACGGGAGAUUGACAAUGCAGUGCAGGGAGAGGACAGCGAGCCAGCUGUGGAGAUAACUGUACUGGAGGCAGUGGCAGAAGUUUCACCCUCAAGCCAGGAUAGUGUACCCUUUACCAAAAAGGAGGAAUCUUUAAAACCAAUUCAGCAGGAGGCUCUGGCACCAACAGCUUUUAGCCAAGAGGAAAGCACUCCUUCCAGUUUAGAGGAGGUAUCAUCCUCACUCUCUACUCAGACUGGGGUAGCAGCAACACCCGUAGCAAAAGAGGAGAUCCCCACACCAACAACCCUGGACAGCAAGCAAAUCCCUGCAGCCAUACCAACAGAAAUGCCUAAAGCCAUACCAACAGCCCUGGAGACGGAGCAAGUCCCUGUCCCAGGACCAAUGCCAGGGGAGCUAGAGAGCACUUCAGUAGUCAGACCAGAGUUGGAACAGGCCACAGUGGAUUUGGACUCCCUGUCCCCGCCACACAACAGUGGCUUCCAGUCUCUCACCAGUGAGGCAGUGAAGAAGGUGGAGGAGGAUGCUGCCCCCAGUACAGAGGGGCCAGAGGCAGUAGAGGUGGUCCCUGAGGCAGGGGGUGAUGGAGUGACUGUGGUCCAGUAGAGAACAGCAGAGCGAGUGACUGGCCCAGUAGGGAACGGCAGCACAGAACAAUGACUCUGAGACCGGAAAGGAGGAGAAGGACUCUAGGAAGGCAGAGAGUCAGUGAGGAAUUUGUCCUCGUUUAGGCUGUAUGCUGGCAUUGAUUUAGAUGUGGGGUUUUUUCUGAAGACAGGCAUAUUAUACUAUAUUAACCUUAUCUCACAAAAGCAUAGACAAUUUAAUACAUGGAAAAUGGUUUGUAUACAGUAGUUUUUCCAUUAGAUCAACUGAUUUGGUUUACGCCUUCAAGAUAAUUCUAAUAAAUUCUAAACUUUUUUGUUGUUGUACUAAUAUUAUCUACCAAUACUAAAUCAGUCUGUACCUUAGGUGGGGCUCAAGUACAACUUGAAUGUCUCUUGUUUUUGUGUCAUUUCUAUAUUUUGACAGACAUUCCAACUGAUAAAUCAUGUGCAUUCCAUUCAACCCACAUUCCAUUUGAUAACAUGUACAUUGUAGUCCGAGUGCCAAAUGUUUGUGCGCUCAUGCCAACUCAUUGUCACUCAUUUCAUGCCAAACAUGGUUUGAUAAUGAAUGGAAUUGACAAGCGCACAAACAGAUUUGGGACCAGGCUAUGUGUGUAUUGCAUUGCAUUACAUCCACACAAGGGGAACUCAUUCCAUGAUCCUUUUUUAGUAUAUAUUCACUGUGUAGUGAAUGAUGAGGACGAUUGAAGGACCCAGUUGUCCUCGUCAUGGUGUUCUGUAAAUAUGAAAUCGCACAAUUCAGGUGCUGUUCUUGGUUGAGUAUACAAAAUCUUAGACACCUUCCUAAUAUUGAGUUGCACCCCCUUUCCCCUCAGAUCCGCCUCAAUUCGUUGGGUCAUGGACUCUACAUGGUGUCAUGCGUUCCACAGGGAUGCUGGCCCAUGUUGGCUCCAGUGCUUCCCACAGUUGUCAAGUUGUUUUGGGUGGUGGACCAUUCAUGAUACACACAGGAAACUGUUGAGCGUGGAAAAACCCAGCAGCGUUGCAGUUCUUGACACAAAUCGGUGCGCCUGGCACCUACUACCACUUCCUGUUCCAAGAUGCUUAAAUCUGGUCUUGUUCAUUCACCCUCUAAAUGGCACACAUUCACAAUCCGUCUCAAGGCUUAAACAUCCAUCUUUAACCUGUCUCCUCCCCUUCAGCUAUACCGAUUUGAAGAGGAUUUAACAAGUGACAUCAAUAAUUGAUCAUAGCAUUUACCUGGUCAGUUUGUCAUGGACAGGACAGGAGUCCUUAAUGUUUUAUACACCGUGUAUAAUGUUCAGUGUCAUCAUUGAUUUGUUUAAAGUUUGCUUAGUAAACCCUCUGAUCUGCACUGCUGCUCCACCAGUUGGUUUAACCCUGAAUCUACACGCUGUCAAGCGUGCUGCUUACCCACGGUGUUAAAUUGUAUUUCGAUUGGACCACGGCAAGGUGUGCAAAGCUAGAGCUAGCCAUAGCGAAAUAAAAAUCUUGAGUAUUUAUUCCAUAGAUUCAACGACCAAUAUGUCCUUGUUAUCUUAUUGGUGUUUGUAUGUCCCACUACUUUCAUACAGUUGCUCUGUGAAGGUUCCUGUCAGUUUAAUAUGUCUUAUUAUCAGAGGAUUUCAAAUACUUUUGUAAUCGUGCAUCAGUCUUCAAUAAUCUUCUGGGAUAUUUGAUGGAAAGGUGCCUGGGAAUCGAGCAAUCCUGUCUCAUGGAAUACUGGAAAACAUUGCAUUUUCUAUUUCAAAUUGUCAUUUCAAUCUGUCAAACAUAAUGAUAGGCACAACUGUUAUAUCAUGGCAUGGAAAUCAUAGCAAAAUACAACAUCAAAUGAGUAAUGCUAUUUGCUAUGUUGUCCUUAAUAUUUUACAAUGUAUUAUUGAUAUGACUGGGAAUACCUCAGUUCUGACAUUGAAUGGUUCCUAACAGAAAAGGCCUCUGUACAUACAGUAUUAAAUACAUUGUUGGCCCUUUUCACCACCAUAGUCAUUCAUUUUGCAAAGACUAUAGUACAAAAUACAUAUCUUCAGUGCCUUCAUUGAUAUACAUGUUUUUUCCCCCCCAAUUUUCCCCCUUCUAUUUAUUAUGUAUUGCACACUGCCUUAUGUCCCCAACCCACACUGCCUUAUGUCCCCAACCCACACUGCCUUAUGUCCCCAACCCACACUGCCUUAUGUCCCCAACCCACACUGCCUUAUGUCCCCAACCCACACUGCCUUAUGUCCCCAACCCACACUGCCUUAUGUCCCCAACCCACACUGCCUUAUGUCCCCAACCCACACUGCCUUAUGUCCCCAACCCACACUGCCUUAUGUCCCCAACCCACACUGCCUAACGUCCCCAACCCACACUGCCUUAUGUCCCCAACCCACACUGCCUUAUGUCCCCAACCCACACUGCCUUAUGUCCCCAACCCACACUGCCUUAUGUCCCCAACCCACACUGCCUUAUGUCCCCAACCCACACUGCCUUAUGUCCCCAACCCACACUGCCUUAUGUCCCCAACCCACACUGCCUUAUGUCCCCAACCCACACUGCCUUAUGUCCCCAACCCACACUGCCUUAUGUCCCCAACCCACACUGCCUUAUGUCCCCAACCCACACUGCCUUAUGUCCCCAACCCACACUGCCUUAUGUCCCCAACCCACACUGCCUUAUGUCCCCAACCCACACUGCCUUAUGUCCCCAACCCGUUUGAUGAGGGUACUUUUAGAUUUGUUUUACUCAAUGUUAUACAGCAGACUUAUUGAUUUCAUAAAUAAUUGAUUAAAUAUGUUGGUCUGUUUAUGGUUUUCCUUUGGAACACACAGGUUUGUCAAAGGGGGCAAUCUGGGAAUUGAAAAACAACCGUGGGCAUCCUGACACUAUUGUUGGCAAACAGGUGAGGGAUGGGAAUGGAGAAAUGUUACCACUCAAAUUCCAAAAUGGAUGUGCCAAUCGCAGAUUGCCCUCUUUUUGAAAUUGUUGUUGGGUUCAUGUGGAGCAGUAUUUAAGCUUGCAUUCACAUUGACUGUCAUAAUUCCUCAUGUAUUUUUCGCCAUUGUUUGUAAGCAACGUAAUUGUAAACAUGGUUAAAAGUUGAAAUAAAGACAAAUCAAUAUGGUUAAAAUGUA